ACAGAAGCUGCAUGAAACAUGAAACAGAGAAGAGGCUUUCUUGGUAGAGAAACUGCUUGCAAAAGCUGCCAACAAUUCGUCUCUCACAAUCUCACCGUCCAUUUCAAACGCCCCAUUCCCUAUAUCACAAUCAAGUUUUCGCCUUGGCUGGUUCCCCAAGAUCUAUCCACCGAAAUCCCAGCUACGCCCAUCGUCCCAUCCUUCUUCCCUCCUAUCCUUCUCUCUGUACUCUACGUCUUCCGACCUCCCUCUCCGCCUCUCUUCUUCUAUCCCUCCCUCCCUUUUCCAUUCCCCGUUUAAAUUCUUUCUCUUUCAUCCAUUUCUCCAGCUACCUCGUCUUCUAGCUCUGCUUUCGGUGCCGUUUUCUUUGAGGUGUUUGGCAUUUUCAUUUGGCGGUGCUAACUGGGUGACAUUGGAAAGAUCUAUAUAUCGUCUUCAGAGUCUCUAUAAGGAUGGGAAGAGUUAAACUAAAGAUAAAGAAAUUGGAGAGCCUUAGCAAUCGACAAGUGACUUUCUCAAAACGAAAGAGUGGAAUAUUGAAGAAAGCCAAGGAAUUAUCAAUAUUGUGUGAUAUAGAGAUUGCCCUUCUCAUGUUUUCUCCGACAGGGAAGCCUAUAUUACUACAAGGAGAGCGCAGCAAUCUCGAGCAGGUCAUUCAAAAAUUUGCUCAACAAAGCCCGCAAGAAAGGGCCAAAAGGAAAUUGGAAAGCCUCGAAGCACUGAAGAAAACCUUCAAGAAGUUGGAUCAUGAUGUAAAAAUACAAGAUUUCUUGGGUUCAAGCAGUCAACAAGUCGAGGAAUUGACCCAUCACGUGAGAAUACUACAAACUCAGCUUGCUGAAGCCCACCAGAGACUGAGCUAUUGGAAUAAUGUAGAAAAGAUCAAUAAUGUUGAACAUCUUAGGCAAAUGGAAGACUCACUAAAGGAGUCAAUCAACCGAGUACGCCUACAUAAGGAAAAUUUGGGAAAACACCAACUAAUGUCACUUGAAUGCGCUAACCAGUUGCAGGAAGGGAUAACUUUACCCGUGAUAAUGGCUGGCUUGCAAGAAGCUCAACCUCUGUCUUGGCUAAUGAAUAAUGACAUUAAUCAAUUGAUUUUACCCAGCGAACCAAAAUUUCUGCCAUUUAGUGAUAAUCCCAAUAGAGAUGCUGAGUGCUCCAUUAACGUUUCACUACCAGGCUAUUCUGGUUAUAUAAGCACCGCCAAACUUGAGGUUGGCAACUCACCUCAGGUUGCUACUUUGGGUCAGGGUGGUGGUACCUUGAAUGAGUUUAAUGAAGGUUCCUGCUUAAGUGCACAACAUUGCGAGCAGUUUUCAUACCCUCCACCACCAGAUACUGAGGAACAGAAGCAUCAUUCGGUUAUGGACGGCAGACCAAGCCCUGUGGAUUAUCAAGUUAAUGGCAGCUUUGAUCUGCCUAGAUCCAUCUUUGAAAAUGGUCAUCAAUUCUGGAAUUCUACUUCUGCACCUUGUGGCAUUGCCAUGUACAAUGAGAAUGGCUACCAUCAGUGACUGAGAGGGUACCUAUCGCUUAUGAAGAAACACGGUGACCAAAGAGACCAUUCGAUAUGCAAAAAGUAGACUUGUUUGGGUGAGCUUUAGCCACCAAAUGUAUUAGCUGUAUAUACUAUUUAAGAUUUUAGAGAUUAAGUUAUCUUGACUGACUUUAUUACAUGCUGUUGAAAUUUGACAGAGCCGAGCUGUAAAUUUGAAUUUUGUACAGAAUGAAAAAGUAAUUAUACUUCCUUUGGAA